UUAAAUCAAAUAAAAUUUUGUAAUAAAACUAUUAAAGUUAGCUUUUAAGUAUAAUACUGAAAAAUGGAAUUGCCUAUAUAUUGAUUUAUAGUAAGAGGGGCAUAUCACUGACUGGGGGAGGUGUCAAAUUUUUGGUUGUGGUGUUAGAGGUUUUCUCUGAUGUAUCUUUAAAUUCCUGAGGAAUGCAGAAUAGUUCCUAAUCGUGGUCGCAACGAUGAAUAAGAUAUAGUAUCGCAUUAAAUUCUGUGCUUGAUAAAACCAAAUAACAUGAUGGAUCCAUACAUAAUAACUCCGGCUGAAAGAGCCCGUUUUGAACAACAGUUUAAUGCUUUGAAGCCUAUAAAUGGAAUCGUCACAGGAGAGCAAGCGAAAGGUCUUUUACUUCAGUCCCAAUUGCCUCCAGCAAUAUUGGGAGUUAUUUGGGCUUUGGCUGAUACUGAUGCUGAUGGAAAAAUGAACAUAAAUGAAUUUAGUAUUGCUUGCAAAUUAAUUAAUUUAAAAUUGAGAGGAUUCGAUCUUCCUAAGGCCUUACCACCUGCUCUUAAAAGUCUCGUUGAGCAUCCUCCUCCUCCAGUACAGUCAAAGCCGCCUAUUCCACCACUUCCAAAUUCUGGUUUAUUAAUGAUGGCCAAUGAACCUACUCCUAUCCAGCCAGCAGCCCUGGCGAAAACUAUCUCUCCUCCAUCGGGAAGACCGUCACCUGUUACUUCACCACCGUUGGUUGGUGGUCCUCCUCCCAAACCACCACAACCAUUGUUGCCCCCUCAAUCUGCUUCUCAAAUCCAAUCUCUGAUCUCAACACAACCUCAACUUCCACUUAUGCAGCCUAAACCCCCUCAGACGAUCAUUCCAUCACAACUCCCUCUUCAGACAGCACCUCUCAUUCCUGGAAUUCCUGGGGUACCUAGCCAGCCAGGUAUGACACCUAUGCCUAUUCCUAGUCAGCCAGGGAUGACACCCAUGCCACCAGCAGGUUCAACAGGACUCACAUCUGUAAUGCAGUCUGGUAUUCCUCCUGUUGCAUCUAUUACACCAGUUCAAGUUCCUCCUGUUGGAAUGGCUCCUAUGGCACCUGCAGCCAACCAGGUUGGCAUAUCUGCCAUGCCUACUUCUCUAGCAAACCAAAGCAGUAUUCCAGUGAUGACAUCUGCAAUUCAGCCAGGUUUCGCACAUCUGGCCGGUCAGCCAUCAUUAAUGACUAGUCAAACAGGAAUCUCAUCGACCGUGGUUCCGCCUACUACUCUCAGUGGUCUUACAACUACCCAGUCGAGCCCACCGACACAGCCUACUCCUCCAACUCCUCCAAUAGCUGUGGCUACAUCCCAGUCUUCAUUAGAGAGGGUUUUGUCACUUGAUUCACCACUUGGAAGUAGUUCACCUUUGGUGGAAUGGGCUGUUCCUCAAGCUUCUAAGUUAAAAUACACUCAGUUGUUUAACACGACUGACAAAGCACGCUCAGGGUACCUCACCGGGCCGCAGGCAAGGACUAUACUGUUAGCUUCGAAGUUACCACAACCAGUGCUUGCACAAAUAUGGGCUCUGGCCGAUACUGAUGCAGAUGGAAGACUGUCUUGUGAAGAAUUUGUUUUGGCUUUACAUUUAUGUGAUUUGGCAAGAGCUGGUGAAACUCUACCAUCAAGUUUACCUCCAAACCUGGUGCCGCCUACUCUUCGAAGAGUCAGGAAUAACAGUCUUACUUCCUCUGAACAAGGAGAUUUAAGUGCAACUGGCAUAAAUCAAGUUACCUUUGAAGACAAGAGGAAAGAAAAUUUUGAAAAAGGUCAGGCUGAGCUAGACAGACGGAGGAAAGCACUGCUAGAAAUCCAAAGGAAAGAACAAGAAGAAAGAGAAAGGAAAGAGAGGGAAGAGCGAGAAAAACAGGAAAAAAUUAGAUUAGAACAAGAAAAGAAAAGACAAGAAGAAUUUGAAAGACAGCUAGAAAAACAGAGAGAAAUAGAAAAGGCCAAAGAAGAAGAAAGGAGGCGAGCGCAAGAGCAAAGAGAAGCUGCAAGAAAAGAAAUGGAGAGACAGAGACAGCUUGAGUGGGAAAAACAACGGUUACAAGAACUCCAAACACAAAGACAAAAACAACAAGAAUUAGUUCUAAGUUUAAAAGCCAAAAGCCAGGCUUUAACAAUUGAACUUUCACAGAAGGAAGAUAAAGUGAAAGAAUUAUCUAAACAAAUAAGUGAAACGAGGUGUGGAGUAACAUCUGUAAAAUCAGUGAUUGAUGGAAUGCGUGUAUCCAGAGAUCAAAAUUUAGCAGAAUACAAUAGCCUUAAAGCAGUAAUCAAACAGCGUAAUGCCCAGACCCUGGCCUUAAGUCAACAGAAAGCCAAGCUUGAAGCAGCUGGCAAACUGGGCAAAGAGGAAAAGGAAAAAGAACAAGCGGCAUUUGAUGAUAAAGCAUUGAUCAUCAAAAACUUAAAAGACAAACUGAAAGAUAUGGAAGAGCAGGCAAAACAAAAAGAAAUUGAUGUUGAAAACAACAGUUCACAGCUUGAAAAGUUGAAAGAUGAACUGUCUGCUUUAUUAAAAAAUUGUGAAGAACUAUACUCAGCAUAUGAUGAAAAAAGAAAUAAUUACAUGAAGAUAAAAGGCAUAAAUAAAUCUUCAGUUAUUAAUAAUGAUGAUGCUUGGGGUACAUCUGCUUGGGAUAACACGCCUUCCUCGGCAGCAUGGCCUGAUGAAACACAAGAAACUCCAGGAUAUUCUAGGUACCGUGCUCUUUAUGAGUUUGUUGCACGAAACAGUGACGAGCUCUCAUUUCAACCAGGAGAUAUCAUUUUGGUUCCUAUUAACCAAAAUGCCGAACCCGGGUGGAUGUCUGGUGAAUUGAGAGGUCAGACUGGUUGGUUUCCAGAAACUUAUGUAGAGCCGCUAUCUGGGUUCAAUGGAUCUUCAGAUAUUAUUCCUACUUCUAUAACUCCUAAAACACCUUUAGAGGGGAUAGUUGAAGUUGCAGAAAGUGAUACAGGCUCAGUUAUCGAGGAAGGCCCAUCACUGCCUACGGGCCUCAAUCCUAUUUUAGGUUUAGGAAAAGCAGUAGAUUUAAUGGCAAGGGCUGCCUACACCUUUUCAGCUACUCAAGGAUCCCAGCUUUCAUUCCUCAAAGGGGAUCUUAUUAGUGUAUCUGAAAUUCAGGACCAAUGGUGUUACGGGCAAGUUAACCUUGCAGAAGGUUGGUUUCCUAAAUCUUAUGUUGUUUUUGAAGAGACUGCACCUGCUGUAUCAGCUGUUUCCCCAACGGUUCAAGAGACUCCUAGUACUGGUGAUUAUUACAUAUCAUUAUACCCUUAUCAAUCUGAUGAAGUUGGCGAUUUGACUUUCGAUCAGGGCGAGGUUAUAUUAGUGACUGGUAAAGAUGGAGAUUGGUGGACUGGUCAGAUUGGAGAUAGGUCUGGAAUAUUCCCUUCCAACUAUGUUCAAACUUACGAUGCCUCUUCUCAGAAUACACAGUUUAAUUCUCAGCCUGUCGAAGAGCCAAAGAAGGAACCUGUUAUUGUGGAAGAACCAGUGAUUGAGAAGAAAGUGUCCCCAGUUACAGCUGAACCGCCACCACCAAUUCAGGGUGGGAAAAGCAGGAAGCCUCUAAUCGCUACCGUGAUCGUACCAUAUCAAGCUACAAGUAAAGAACAAUUAAGCUUGCAAAGGGGCCAAUUAAUAAUGAUUAGGAAGAAGACCACUACAGGAUGGUGGGAAGGAGAGCUUCAGGCUAAAGGAAAAAAGAGGCAAGUUGGUUGGUUCCCAGCUUCAUAUGUGAAGCUUCUUGGUGCCAGUGGUAAAACUUCACAACCUCAAUCUCGGAAAUCUUCAGAGUCUGGAUUAACGGACACUCUUCUUGAACGAGUCGUUGCAUUGUACCAAUACACAGCUCAAAAUGAAGAUGAGCUGAGCUUUGAGAAAGGUGACAUAGUUACUGUUCUUGCGAAGGACGAGCCUUCGUGGUGGAAGGGUGAACUGAACGGAGCAGUUGGACUCUUCCCCAGCAACUAUGUCGCUCCUCAAUUGAUUAUUUUUGUUAAUCACACAUUAAGGAAUUAAGCAUGUUGACUGAAUAUGGAGUGAGUACUUGACACAUGUGGAUUACAAAGGCAUCAAAGAUUGUAGACAACGAAAAAAUUUUAAAAUUACUUUUUAAUAUCUUUUCUGUGUCGAUAUAUUCUUUCAAUAAAAUCAUAACUUUUAUAUUUUGUAUUUAAUUUUUGAAUGUAAAUAUUAUUUAUUAAAAUAAAUUUGUAAUUAUUUAUAAAAAUAUUUUGUUUUACAAUUCAGUGACGGUUCUUGGCUAGUGAUAAGAGGGGUUUACACAAAUAAAAUUUAACAAAACAGUUCUCAGUGUAAAGCAUGCAGAUUCCAAACAAUAAGUAGGCAUUAAAAAGGCUUAUUUUAUGCAGCAUCAUUUUGAGCUGGGAAAUAAUAAUAAAUUAUUUCUUUUUUUUAACAAGUUAAAAAUAUUUUUUUUAAAAUCUCCUCCUGACUAUGUAGUUACUGUCUGUUAAAAUGAUGGUGUUCUUUUCUGUUGAUUUAUUCAUUCUCAAAUAAAUACUUUUUCAUAUCAUUUUUUGUAUUUUGAAGUAAUUUUCUUUUUCUUUUAUAAAACUAGAAGAAUCGUGAGCUCAUGAGUACACAUGGAUUAACUGACAUUGCUACAAUUUUAUCCAUCUUAUUUUUCUCAUAAUGGGGUUUAACUUAUAAUAGUAUAUAGUAAUUCUAACUUUAUUUAUUAUUUAUUAUAAUAUUGCUUUGAAAUUUUCUUCCAAGUUUGCUUAAUUCUAUAUUCCAGAUUUUAUUUACUUUUUUUUAUUACUUUAUUAUGAAUAUUUUAUCAAAAUGUCAUACUUUUAUGGAUUUUGACUGAUUUUCAGACUGAUUUUGAUGGAUGUAGUCAAGUCAGACACGUUUCUUAAACUUUAUUUACUUUUGUGUUUUUCACCUAUUGUUAGCUUUUCAAUAUUUUGGAAUUUUCAAUAAAAUUAUUAUAAUUAAUCAAAUCAGGUUAGAAAGGAUAUGGCGUGUACCAUUAUUAAGCUUAACAAAUCAUGAUUUUCUCAUCUUGAUCUCAUGUUUUAUUUUAAUGAAUUAACUUUUUAUUUACAAAAAUACUUCCUUCUUGUGCAAUACAUUGUAGAGAACAAUGACCUAUAAGGCAUCCUGCUGCUGUCCAUCCUAGCCAUGUGGUCUAACGAUUUUAUGUGUCUAGUUUUAACAAAAUGAACUAUGUCACCACUAUUAUAUAGUUCAUAUAGUUGUGAAUUUUUUUGACACCUCCACAGGUCUCUUCACAAACAGCUCCAUAAAUUCUUCUCAACAUUUUUCUUUCAAAAAUAUUCAGCAUACUAAUUGUGCUUGUACAAAGGGUCCAUGUCUCCGCUGGAUAAGUCACAAUAGGUCUUAUAUAAUCUUAUCUUUAUUUCUCCUGAGGAGCGAUGAUUAAAAAAAAUUUAGGUUGGCAUAGUACGUCCGGUUUCCAUCCAUGAUCCUCUUGCUUACCUGAGCAGCAAUUUUAUUUUCAGAAUUCACUUCCACCCCCAGGUACGUGAAUGUUUUAACACACUCAAAGGUAAGACUACAUAUUUCAAUGCUCUGAGGGCCAGCCUCAUUGUCGGUCCUGAAAUACCUACAUGUAUUUUGUCUUCUCUUGAUUAAUUUCCAGCCCAACAUUUUCACUUUUGGCUUUCAAUAUUGCAAAUACUUUCCUUAUUGACCUCAAAUUCCUGCUAAUUAGGCAUGUAUCGUCUGUGUAAGCGCAUAUUUGCACCAUUGCGUUAAGUAUGCAACCAGGUGAAUCCAGUUUUUUCAAAACAUUAUUAAGUGCAAUAUUAAAUAAUGUUCCAGAGAAAGCAUCCUCUUGCCUAACCCCAGCCUUCAUUUGAAAGUUAUUAAUUUUUGUGGAAUUUGGAAUUCAUGUAUUAAGGCAUUUAUUAAUUUGCUUCUUAUCACUCUAUCGACAGCUUGUCGGUAAUCUAUGAACAACAUCCUAUAUUGCAGGCCAAUCCUACAUUCCCAGGCUUUUUGCAUUAGCUGCCUCAUUACAAAAACUUGGUCAGUUGUUCCUCUCACCUUGCUAAAUCCACACUGGUAUUCCUCCAGUUUGUUCUCAGCAAAUACGUUGAGCCUCACAGAGAGGAUGUUAGAAAAUAUUUUAUAGGCUACUGCUAAUAGGGAAAUUCCUCUGUAAUUUUCGCAUUGGAGUUUAUCUCCUUUUUUAUAUAUCGGGCAUAUUAGACUCGUGCACCACUCCUCAGAAAUGAUUUCACUACUCCAAACAUCCUCCAACAGUAAAUGUAUUUGACUUAUCAAUUCUUCUCCUUCAUAUUUAAAGAAUUCUGCAACCAACAUAUCUUCCCCAGGUGCUUUGUUAUUUUUUAAUUUUUCAAUCGUUUCGGCCACCUCUUCUAUUGACAAUGGCUCCAGAUCAUCAAUACACCUUGGCUCAUCACUGCCAGCCAUACAUUCAUUAUUCACUGUUAGAGUUAGGCAAUUCUGUGUAGUGCUCUUCCCAUCUACUCUAGAACUAGAAAAUUUUGAAAAAUCUAAAACUAGAAAAUCUAGAACUCGGGGGUUCUCAAAUACCACACCAUUUUUAUUUUUGCAUCCAUUUAUUUUUUACUGAAAUCCCUGACUCAUACACUUUACUGCUCCAUAAAAUUUCCUUGUCUCAUUUGUUGCUCUGGAUUUCUCAAUCUGCUCUAUUUUUCUUUUCAUAAAAUUAAGUUUCUUAUUUCAAAUAUCAUUCUUUGCUUUGUUCCUACUUUCUCUAUAUGCCACAGAGAUUUUUCUUGUAGGGUGGUGCAACAUUGCCAUUCUGCACUGAUUUCUUUUACGCAGGAUCUCAAGGUAUUCGGCAUCAAACCAUUCCUCAUUCUUUUGCCUACUCUUCCCGCCUAUAUCCUCCUCUGCUGACUUUUCAAUAGCUCCUAUAAUUCUCUUCCACUUUUAGUCCACACAUUCCUCUCCUUUAUCUACCUUACUGUCUAUCAGAUUGAUAAUUGAAGUUACAUGCCUUUUCUGAACCAAUACAUGAUUAAUUUGUGUUAUUGCUCCAUAUGGGGAUUUCCAUGUUCCUAAAUGUAUAUUUCUUUGUAGGAAAGUAGUGCUUCUUAUGACCAUAUUAUUGUCUUCCGCAAACUGACAAACAAGCUUUCCAUUAUCAAUUGUCUCACUAGGAAUCAUGAAUCAACCAGAUACUGCAUUAAGAAAGCUUUCUUCUCCCAUUUAUGCACUCAAAUCACCCAAAACAAUUUUCACAUCAUAACGUGGAGGUGCCAAAAAUGUUCUUUCGAGAUCCCGAUAAAAGUUGAGUUUUACCUUGUCCUCACUGUCUUCAGUUGAAUUAAUACAUAGCUAUUAAGGUAACAUUCCAAAAUCUUUCCCUCAGUAUCAUUUUCAGCCUGCAUUAACCGUCUCAAAUGAUAAUAUACACCAUCUCCCUUUUCCUGCCACAAUGAAUCCAGUACCUUUUCUUCCUUUCUUGACAUUCUCACUAUUAAACAUCAUCGUAUAAUCUUUCUUGCCAAUUCUGCCUUGCCCAUUUCAUCAUAUUUCUUUUAAAGCUAAUAUAUCUAUUUGAUAUUGUAAUAUCUGCUCCGAUACCUCUACCAUCUUCCCAAGCUGGAAUAUCGGACGGAUAUUACAUGUAGCAACAGUUAAAUCCAAAUCCAAGUUCCUUUGUCUUUUGUCUUUAUUUCCAUCUAACUUGCUAUUUUUAGGUUUAUUAAUGGGUUGAUUUUUUUACAAGGUGAGGUUGGCUCCACGCCCAAUACCCGACCUGGAGGUCCAGGUCAUUUGAUUUUGGGGUUUCUGUCCCCUAGUCUGGUUGCUUUCACCUCAGCUCAGAGUCCAUACCACUGUCAUCAUCAUUGGAUUAUGUGUUUUUGUCUAUUUUCCUUCGGAAAUAAUAGGCUAUUUGCAUUGUAUCGAAAGUCGUCAGCGGAAGGCGGGAUUGCGGUUUCUAUCUGUUUUGGAACUCCUACAUCACGAUUCUACAAUUUUUACAGAUGUCAGUUAUAUAUUUUUUUUCCGCUAUGUUUUGGCUUCUCAAGUGGGCACUAUUUGACCGAAUAAGCUGAAAUUCAGUAUAUAGAUUUGGUUCACAGGCGGAACGAUACUAUUAAAAUUUGGAAAAAUUUCCGCUUGUAAAAUCGUUUUUUCCUAUUUUUAAAAUAUGCGCAUCUCCACAUCUCCUUCUGACAAAGUGGGAAGAUUGAAAUUUUAUAUCUAUAUUAAGUUGGUGUUGGAGAGGUGCCUUUGAGGGUUCUUAUCAUCUGUCGCCAUUUUGUUUCAAGAUGGCAGUGGAAAACCUCAUUUCUCUAGAGUCUACAGCACUAAAAAGGCUGUAACAGUAUUAAUAAGAAUUUUCUUUAAGUAUUCCCUAUGAAACACUAUAAAUUUAUGAAUAUAACACACUUUCUUAAAAAUGGACCUGAAAAGCAGUAUUGAUGAAUUCAAAAUUACAUUUGUAAAUAACUCAAAAAGGGUACACUUUUUCUCCUUUUUGAGUAAGAACAAAUUUUGUAGACAUUUAAAUUUCCUGAACCAUUAAAAAACUUUCAUCAAAAUCCGUCCAAUAAUUACAAAAAUCUGUCAUACAGUUUCUUUAAGACAAAACAAUGGUCAGCUAUAGAGAAUUUGGUAAAUAUUUGGAACAACAUAUCUUUUUAACAAAUCGUCUUCCAUCCUCAAAUGAAACUUGGGACUCUUUUGAAGAAUCUUUUGGAUUUUUGGAUGGACUGAUGCAUGGGAUAAAAUCGACUUGUCUGAAGUCAUAAUGUAUUAUGGCCUAGUCAGGCCAUAAAUAAAUAGUGUAAUAUGUAAUAGUCACUUCACGAAUUUUAAAUAUUUGUAGACAAUAAAUUUUCUAACAAUUGACCUAGGUAUUUAAGUAGAUAUGCAGACACAUUUCCUUAAGAUGUAUAGAAUUAUUUCCAUAUUUUUUAAAUAAACAAAUUUUAUUAUUGUAACGUUCUUAGUUUUAUUAAUUAUUGACAAUUUGUAUUCAUCAUAGUGUGAUCAUAAACUUACACAUAACAUGAUAUGAAACCAACUUAAAGUUGAGAAUACUUAAAAUACUAUGAAAUAUUUAUUCAAUAAUUGUUUCAAAACAUUCAUCAGAUUUUAUUGAGUAAUUCGAAUCCUCAAAGUUAAGAAUCAGUCAAGCUGUUCGCUUGAAAAAUAGUUACACUCCUUUUAACGGACAGAUUAAACACAUUUUAUAAAAUAAUUUGUUAGUAUUUUUAGCUUGAACUGUUUCAAAACACUUAGAGGAUCUCACUGAAUAAUUUGAGUCAUACAACUAAAAAAUCGGUCCAGCCAUUUCUUCAAAACAUCUUAUGUAGCUAUGAGUGCUUAACCGAAACACAUUACCCUGCUUGUGGCUCUUAGAAUUGCACGCUUCCUUGGAUGUUGCCCAGAAAUGUUCACAUAACCAAUGUAUUCUCAUAAAGUCUAUGGUAAAUAAGGCUCAAAUUCGAAAGCACAUUUAAAAAUUUUCUGACAAUAUUUGCUGUACUGAGGAGAACUGAUUUCUACCCUUCUUUUAGUACUUUUACAAAUAGCUUCUAAUUCAGAACUGAAUUACUUAUUAUCAAUUUUUAGAACUGUACAGGGGUUUAGUAUGAUUUGUAAAUAUAGAUUGAUUCCAGAACAACUUGACAUUAUCGUUAUUAUUAUUAUUAUUUCUCUCUGAGACAAUUGCUUAUUUUUCAUCUAAUGAUAUUAACAGAAGAAUACCUCAAGGUGUUUUAAAAUUAAGAUUAAUUUAUAAACAUGAAAAAAACAGCAAUUCAUGACCUGUGUCCAUUAUUUAUAAUUGAAAUAAUACAAUUGUAGCAAUUGAAUUAUGCAUUAUUAUCAUUGGACUGGACAACGAACAAAUCACUAAAAAGGUAAUUGUUGUUGAUCAUAGAGGUAAACAUGUGAGGGGUGGACUGAAAACUCAAUGCAUGGGAAGAUUGAGGUAGAUUUGGUGGCAUUGGCAUCAAGCCUUUGGUUUUAGCAAGACCCAUUAUUAUUACUGUUUCUGAUAAAUAAUUUAGGACUCUUAAUCACAUUUGGAAGAUUCUGAAUUAAAUUUAUGUAAUGUGACAAAAAUAAAUUUUAAAAUAGUUUGGUGGUAUGAAUUAGUACAUACAUUUUUUCUUAAAUUUUUCUUGCCAGAUGUAUUUUUAUAGCCAAUUUUCUCUGUUAUCAGUAAAAAUGUUUUAAACAAAUUAGGUAUGAUUUGAAAGAGUUAAAUGUACUACUCUCUGACAGAUUAGUUUUAAUAAAUCAAUUUAUUUAAGAAUUAUAUUUUUCUUUUUUUAAAAGGUGAAAAUGGUCCUUCGAAGAGAAAUUUUGUUCCAAAGGAAGACAAAAGGCAACAGCAUAUAAAGGAAUUAAUAAUUACUGAGCAAGCUUACAUUGAUGACAUGUCAAUAGUUUAUGAUGUAAGUCAAUGAAUUAUAAUUAUUUUAUAUCAUAUAAGGAUUUAUAUCUAUUGAAUUUUAUGGGCAGUAUUUUUCAAUCAAUUUAAUUUAAUUUUUUUAAAUUUUUUGUUGCCAUACUGGUCUUCCUUCAUUGAUACUUGAAUGUGACAAACUUAAAGUAAUGAAACUACUCCUUGAUUCUUUUAUUUUAACUGUAUCAUAUGAAAUGCAUUGUACCACCGGGUACUCUAUGGACCAAGGGAGCAUUGGUUGGAAGCCAUACCUAGCGCGAGCCUUAACCGGCCUCCAACCUAACUCCCUGGACCGGGUACACCACCAAGAAUGCAGGCACACAACAGGUGCCCACGGAAUCAGACGAACACUACUACCAUAACUUCCGUCCACUCGCUGCACAUUGUACAAGAAGAUAGCCUGAACAACGUCAAGGCUAGCUGUGUCGUGCAGUGAGUAGUCGUAAACACAUCGACCGCCACGGCCAAACAGUGCAAGCACUCUCGCCGUCCACCCAUAGCGCCGCCGGGGCUCCGGCGACGCCCCGUAGUACCAAUUUAGUCGGGAAGCACUGCUUCCCUGACCUCAGAGCACGAUUGGUCUCAGGCUCCGCAAUCUUACGAUCGCUACGGCUUUACAUUGCCUGCCAAUGUACAGGAGGAUGCCUGCACCUCCGCAGUCAAUGAGGGACACGACUCAAACCUAAGGGUUCGAGACGAUGACCGUCCCUGGAUCAUAUGAAAUGCAGAAAGAAAUAAUAUUAUAUGAAAAAAUAAUGUGUUAUUACUUAGAAUGAUUUUGAAGAUGAGGAUGAUAGCCCAAUACUUUAGAUUUUCAAUGUGUUUUUUUCUAACAAAAUAAAUUCUGAAGGAAGGCUGCUUUGGCCAAAAAAAAAAAAAAAAAAAUUAAAAGAUGAGGAUUACGUAGAACAAAAUAAUUUAUCAAGUUAUAAAAUAUAUUAAUUAAAUGAUUACAUAAAAGUAGUGCUAUUGCUACUUAAAGAGUUUUGAAUUAUUGGGUAUUUCUGAUAUGAACUGAGGGGCAGGUUCAGAGAUAGUUUUUUUUAAGGGGAGACUUUCAAGAUAAUAGAAUUCGGGAGAAACAUAAACUUUUCUAUGGGAAAAAUUGUAAUACAUCAAUUAUCUAACUAUUUCAUGUCAUGAAUUAUUUAAAAUUGAUUUAUUAAGCAUAGACAAGGUAAUUAAUUAAUUUAGCAUCUAUGACAAUCGAUUUCUCAUAAGGUGUAAACUUUUUAAUUUUCCCUACCUAAUGAAUGACAAUUUAUUUAUUUUUCAUUAGUACUGGUACAAGUAUGUGUAUUUUGAACAGCUGUUUUUUUUUUCUCUAUGGUUAUUUUUGGAGAGAAAAUUUUCCUUAGUUCUCCUCCUGCGGAACUUCCAUCGGUAUUGACUAACAUCCAUAAUGGGCUUAGAGUACACUACUCAACGAGGGAGUAACAUUUUUUUUUUUUUUUUAUCAACAGUUAUACAAUUUAAGUGAUAUGGUUAAUAUUUAUGCUUAACCUCAAGCUUUUUCUUGCAGUUCAUUGAAGAUUCAAUAUUCACUUCGCUAAGAUUGGAUGUGUCUAAUUGGGAUUCCCAAUCCCAGAGGUGAUCCGUGGUUGCUAAAACAAAAAAUAACUGUUGUAUUAUAGUUUAACUUGAACCUCAGCCCGCUGGCUGUUAAGAGUUUUCGAGAGGCCAUUGAUUGAAAGCCGGCUUUUGACCAAUGAGCAACUGAGAACAAUUUUUAUAAAUUGGCAUGAUAUAUUGGAGUGCAAUUAUUCUUUCUUGCGUGCUCUAAGAGUGAGGAGAGAUAUGAGUAAAGGAGGGAUUAUCAGAACAAUUGGAGAUAUUCUCUGCGAAAAUCUUCCUCGCAUGAGGGUUUAUGUGCGCUUUUGUGGAUGUCAACUACGAGCUGCAGCUAUGCUCCAGACACUUAGCGAAACAAACAAGGACUUUAAUGCCUUAGCGAAAAGAUGCCAGUCAGAUCCAAAGACCAAAGGACUUCCCCUCAGUUCUUUUCUGAUUAAACCGAUGCAGAGGAUAACAAAAUACCCUCUUCUCAUAUCUAAGAUCUUGGAAUAUACUCCAAAAGAACAUUCUGAUAGGCAAAAUUUAGAAGAAGCUUUACAAAAAGCAGAAGACUUGUGUAGCCAGGUUAAUGAAGGAGUACGCGAGAAAGAAAACUCUGAAAGGCUGGAAUGGCUUCAGAGCCAUGUGCUCAGUGAUCGCCUUUCAGAACCACUCAUAUUUAAUUCUUUGACAAAUGCUGUUGGACCUAGGAAGUUUUUACAUUUUAGUGCCUUAACAAAAACCAAAAGUGGGAAAGAAUUGAUGGGUUUCUUGAUGAAUGAUUUCCUCUUGCUGGCCCAACCUAACAGGCCGUUAGGGGGUCAGUUCAGUUUUGAAAGACACCAGAAUGUUCUGUUUAGGAUAUAUAAACAGCCUUUGUUAUUGAGUGAUUUAAAUAUUGUUGGGAGCAUUGGAGAACCAAAUGGUGUUGAGUUUCGUCUUGAGUACAAUAAAACAAUAUUCAAUUUGAGUGCCACUUCACACAAUGAGAAGAAUCUGUGGUUAAAAAAGUUGACUUUAGCCCAAAAUGAACUGAAAGAACACGAAAGGGACAAAUUGAGAAGACAGCAGUCAAUUCAUCGUGAAGUAUUUUGCGAAGUCAGUAUGGGCAGUCAAGAAAGUAGAACACCUGCAGUACCAACACCGAAUGGUUCUGAUCCGAAAUGGAACACAUCCAUGCAGUUCUUGGUCAAAGACUUACAAGAAGAUGUUCUUUGUUUGACUGUCAAGGAUAAAGGCAAUUUCUCUCCUGAUGAAUUUCUCGGUCGUACUGAACUUUGUGUUUCUGAUAUUUUAAGUGCGAUUCGUUCUCAAGGCCAUGGACCAAUCACAAAAGUGCUUAAACUUCACGAGGUUCGUUCUGGUGAAGUGACACUCAAACUCGAUGUUCAUCUCUUCAACAUCUAUAAGAAAGAACCAAAAGCUAGUAAAGACAAUGAAAGACAACAGCAUUUAGAAGAAUUAAUUUCUACUGAAGAACGAUAUGUCUAUGACCUGAGAGUAGUUGACGAUUUGCCUCAAAUGCAGAUUUAUGUGGAGUUUUGUGCUCAUCAACGACGUGCUGUUGCACUGUUGCAUACACUUGGUGAAGCAAACAAGCACUUCAGAGCACUUCUGGAUAAGUGCCAGUCAGAUCCGAGAACCAAAGGGCUUCCUCUCAGCUCUUUUUUAAUCAAACCGAUGCAGAGGAUAACUAAAUACCCUCUUCUCAUAUCUAAGGUUAUUUUGGAAUACACCUCUAAGGAACAUCCUGACAAGCUUCCCUUAGAAGAAUCUCUUAAAAAAGCUGAAGAUUUGUGUAAACAAAUAAAUGAACUUGUUCGUGAAAAAGAAAAUGCUGAGCAACUAGACUGGCUGCAAAAUCAUGUUCUGUCUGAUGAACUUUCAGAACCAUUGAAUUUUAAUUCUUUAACACAUGAUCUCGGCCCGAGAAAAUUGUUACAUUUUGGUUCUUUGAUGAGGAAGAAAAGUGGUAAAGAACUUAUGGGUUUCUUGAUGAAUGAUUUACUUUUGCUUGUUCAACCAACAAGACCGCUAGGUGGUUCAUUCAGCUUUGAAAAGCACCACUACAUCUCUUUCAGAAUAUAUAAGCAUGUGAGUUUUACUUAA